AUGGCGUCCACGACAUCAGACAUACCUGUGCUGUUGCUCAAGACAAAGUCUAUCCCCGCUGAUGGCUACCAGGAAAUCUUUGCUGGCUGGAACAAUUACCUACCUACCUUUCUACCCGUCCUAGAACACCGCUUCAGGGAAGAAUCCUUGACCUGGCUAAAGAACAUAACUUCGGGCCGCGGUUUCAGCCCUGAUACUUCUGUAGCUGCCGAGUCAAGCUUUGGCGGUAUUAUCUUUACCUCACAACGUGCUGUCGAGGCUUUCACAUCAAUAGUCGAGUCGCUGGAGUCUGACACUAGAGAUGAACUUCUGCCCGAGGCUCUACCGUUGUAUGUUGUCGGACCAGCUACUGCGAGAGGACUACGAUCGUUGGGCCUGAAAUGUCAGAUCAUUGGCGAGGAGACCGGUAAUGGUGCCGCCCUUUCUGCCUUCAUGCUGGACCACUACAACAGCCUUCCCACAAGUCAGACGGUAAGGCAAGACCGCAAGCUUCCUCUUUUGUUUUUGGUAGGAGAAGUUCGCAGGGACAUUAUACCCAAAUCCCUUCAGUCUCCUGACUUGCAUCAAGAAGCUCGUAUUGGAGUUCACGAGGUUGUCAUCUACGAGACUUGCGAGAUGGCAUCUUUCCACAUCGACUUUGCUCGUGCCCUUGCGGACAAUGUUGCCUCUGAGGUCAAGGAGCAAUGGGUAGUCGUGUUCUCGCCUCAGGGUUGCAGAGCAAUGCUCGAUUGCCUGGGAUGGCUCGAUGAGGCUGGUCGCUACAAGUCAGAGGUCACAGAAUCAUUGCCAACCACAACAUUCAUUGCAACCAUCGGACCCACGACCCGCGACUAUCUGAUCAAAGAGUUCGGGUAUGAGCCACACGUGUGCGCCGAGAAGCCCAGUCCGGAAGGCAUCUAUGCUGCCAUAGAGAACUAUAGGAGCACAAAUACGAGGACGCAAUUAUAA